AUGACUUGCGUACGAGCAUGCGGUUGGACGGACCAGCCCUGCGGGCUGUUCGUAGAAAUGAACAAGGCCCGCGUCGCAUAUCACCUGUUGCACUGGCACGGUGUCAAAUCCACAGACACGGCUGCCUGCAAAUUCGAGGAUUGCUCAAGAUCAGAGGCGAUGCUCAGUUUGGGCCGUCACGUUGAGAGCGUCCACUAUACUACGUCUUGCGAAUGCCCUUAUUGCGGAAAGCGGUGGUCGAGAUCCGAUUCUUUGGAUCGGCAUCAAGCGACAUGCGGACCACUCCUUGAAAGCAAAGACCGUGCUAAGAAGGGACGUCGCAAGUUCACUCUCCAAGACCCGAAAAAAUUGGUCUACGGGUAUAUUGUUCCUGCCCGCAACGCGACAUAGUCUAGCGUACGACUUAUUUUCUCCGAUUCUUCACGAACCUUGUCUAUCUCUACGACUACGAUACUUGUUUCAUUCUUUUAUAUAUUGGGCCAAAUCAUUGUACAACACUCACACUCCUUUUGCAUCGAAUGUUUCUUUUUCUCAGGGUGUUUUCCUCUCUUCAUUAUUGCUUGGUGUAUCGUCUAUAUGUUUAUCGGAUAAACCUUAUUGCACGCUGGACGUAGUUAUCGUAUCUCACCAUGUCGCUCGGUAUAUGUUCUACAUGCUUGUUGGAUGGAAGUUGGAUGACGGAGCUCUGGAGCUUGGAGUUUUGCAUCGUACUUAAUUAUGGAUCAAGAAUGAAUUUGACAUGUUAUGUU